AUCAAGUCUUAAUUAGACAAACUCUAGAAAAGUACAAUAAGGCAAUUAAAAGAGAGUAAUUUUUCUUCAAGAAAACACACACGCUAUUUUGGAAGUAAAAAAUAAAAAUCAAUUUCUAGCAUAGAUAAGGGGGAAUGCUGAAAAAGAAGGCAGUGGCAGAUAAGGUUGGUUGUUUGUCUCUUGUAUUUUUCCUCCAUCCUCUAUCUUCUUCCUCCUUCCACCAUUGCUAAAUUCAAGAAAAAAGAAAGGUUGAUCUUGCUCGUUUAUUUGCUAGCAGUGUCUUUGGUUUAUUUUUCUUUUUUUCAGGAAAAAGGGAGGUGACUGAUUGUUAGCAGACAUGUUAGUAGCUUCAACAGCUCUGAACAUCGGAUCUUUGGGUACCCAGCUGCUAAAUCCCCCCGCCCAAAAUCCCAUCAAACCUUUCUUACACCCACCUGCUAAAAAUCCAAUCUUGAAAUCUUCAAAUCCCUUGACGAGGAAACUGUCCACCCCUGUCAGAAGAUCAGUGGCUGCCGUCGAUUCUUCCAAUCCCACCGCCAAGGAACAAGAAGAAGAAGAAAGUGGUGGGAGCAAAAAGUAUCAUUUUGUCGUGGCCAAUGCGAAGUUCAUGUUGGAUGAGGAGGAGCAUUUUAAGGAGCUUUUAUCCGAGCGCCUUCGGCUUUUUGGGGAGAGGAAGAAGGAGCAAGAUUUCUGGCUCGUGAUCGAACCCAAAUUUUUGAACAAGUUCCCUAAUGUUACCAAGAGGCUAAAGAGGCCAGCCGUUGCUCUUGUUUCGACAAACGGCCCUUGGAUUACGUUCAUGAAGUUGAGACUAGACAGAGUUUUGCAGGAGAGCUUUGAAGCUGAAAAUCUUGAAGAAGCUUUAGCUUCCAAUCCAGUUGAUCUCGAAUUUGAAAAGCCGGAAAAGUGGACAGCUCCUUAUCCCAAAUACGAAUACGGGUGGUGGGAGCCUUUUCUCCCGCCGAAAACAUCCAAGUGUGGCAAACUAGCUUAUCUAAGUUACCGAAAGCUCUUAUAUUAUUCACAUGAUGCGAUAAUGUAAAGCAAAUCGAACAAUUUAGCCAUGAUGAGACAAUGUUGUUCAUUGGGUACUUGCCACCUGAGUGAAAUGGAGAUAAAGUCAACCAACAUUCGCAAGUUCAAUGCCGGUUAUCCUCAAAAGGAAUGUAAAAAGACAUAGAUAUUAUAAUAACCCUUGUUCUAAAAGAUAGUUUUGUUAUGGAUAUUCGGGAUAAAAAGAUCAAGUAGCUUCAUCAGUUUUGCUUAUUGUCUGUGAUGAAAGGAACUUUCGGUAAUUUCUGUAGGACCUUCUCAUCCAAUUGGCUGUAUUGUCUCUUGAGAUUGGCCUUUGCCUUCAGGGCAUAGUUAUCCACUCGAUCUUCAUGCUUCUCGUAUAACGAUGGCAUUGUCAGUAUCAUCACAAAAA